AUGUUGUGGAGACCUAGAUUAGACAUAGUGGUUAUGUUGUGGAGACCUAGACUAGACAUUGUGGUUGUGUUGUGGAGACUAGACAUAGUGGUUAUGUUGUGGAGACCUAGAAGAGACAUAGUGGUUAUGUUGUGGGGACCUAGACUAGGCAUAGUGGUUAUGUUGUGGUGACCUAGACUAGACAUAGUGGUUAUGUUGUGGAGACUAGACAUAGUGGUUAUGUUGUGGACACCUAGACUAGACAUAGUGGUUAUGUUGUGGAGACAUAGACUAGACAUAGUGGUUAUGUUGUGGAGACUAGACAUAGUGGUUAUGUUGUGGAGACUAGACAUAGUGGUUAUGUUGUGGACACCUAGACUAGACAUAGUGGUUAUGUUAUGGAGACCUAGAUUAGACAUAGUGGUUAUGUUGUGGAGACCUAGAUUAGACAUAGUGGUUAUGUUGUGGAUACCUAGACUAGACAUAGUGGUUAUGUUGUGGAGACCUAGACUAGACAUAGUGGUUAUGUUGUGGAGACCUAGACUAGACAUAGUGGUUAUGUUGUGGAGACCUAGACAUAUUGGUUAUGUUGUGGAGACUAGACAUAGUAGUUAUGUUGUCGAGACCUAG